UCUUAGCACUUAUGCUGUGCCUCGCGUUGGCGUGCAUACUGCAUAGGAACAACAGCACACCAAGACAUCCACGUUUAGUUCAACUCGCCUGGGAUAUUUCCCGGGGGCCGUACCGUACCUGCCCAGGGGGACAACUCUAAGGUCCGCCCAUUCAUCCUCAGCUCUCUUUCGGAAAGGGAUUUGUAUCUCAUAAAUGGGUCUGGACCUCUCUAAUAUAUGGUUCGUGGUGCUGUUUGUAGCCAUAGUAAUCAGCAUCCUCUGCUGCGCCAGGUAUUUUAAACACUGCUAUGAUAGGAAUGUGAGGGAACUGAACAGGCGCCCUGAAAGGACCUCAGUCUUCAUCAUCCCUAUGCCAUCCAUCGAAGAAAACGACCUUUAUAGUCCACCUCACUACAACAGGAUUGACAUUAUGGAGCUUCCGCCUCCGUAUUCUGAGGUGGAGAUGAAGCCAGACUUGUUUCCCCUUCCUGAAGAGCUACCUCCCCCGUACAUACAAUUCUCGGCAUCAGAUUUUGCACCCUCUCUGUUGCCAGUCUCACCACAGCUGCCUACAUUACAAGUCCAAUCAAGUGGAAUACCGUCUCCUCAGGAUCAGACCCCUCCCACUGAAAACGGGGAGGGUUUCCAGUUUGGGGACACAGGGGUCUCAAGACACUUUUGAAUAGAGACUGUGUGGUUCCAUUCAUUUAGUAAUAAUGUUUUUGUAAAUAUCUUAUCAAGUGUUGCUUUAAUAAAUUUGACUUUGCAUUUAUCCAAUUUCAUGCUAGUUUGUCAACAAGAUUAGCACAAAGCAUACAAUCUAACAGAAUUUCAUAUGCAAAACACACUCAUAUCUAAACUGCUACUCUCUUUCAAGGUAUAAUGGUAUUACCUGACGUUAUAGUGUGGUUUGUGCUGUGCGCUAGUAGAGUGCUCAUUGUGUGUUCCAACCUUACCCUGCUAUUUGCACCCUGAGUACCAAGUACAAGACUCACCCAGCUAUAUUGGACCAUAAAGGAGUCUGAGAGAGAUCUCUUCACACGCAUUAUUGCAGAAAUUUAUGGCCAUUGUUCCUUGU